AUGGAGCAACUACCUUCCUAUCAGGACGCUGCUGGCAAGAAGCAGUGGCUGGAGCUUGUGGCGCCCUACGUCGAUCCCUCAGACUACAACAGCCUAUGCUGCGUGUCCCGGCAUUUUCGCCGUCAUUUCGCCCCACGAGUUUGGAAGGAUCCUCUCGCGGUUGUGCGCACAUCGAAUCGUGACACCGCUUAUGACUAUCAGUGGUACUCAAAAUUCCUCGCCCACAUCAGAGAGAUGGACGCGUCCACCGCAUCAAUGGUGGCUGUCAUGGAUUUUCGUGGCUUCGCUCCCGCAUCUGGACUGGACGAGCACCAGGAGGCUUACAACAACAGCUUCCGCGAAUUGGCAACUCGCCUCCCCAAUCUGCGCUGCUUAUUGCUUGAUGAACACCCCCAACUGAAUCUCUCUAUGCUGUCCAGACAUGCAUUUCGAUCGAGUACAGCCGUCUCUUUGGAAAACAUCCACCUCAUCAGCAUUGCCAAUUGUGGAAUAUCGCUCCCGGCAAGGUUCUUUGGUGGCCAAUGGCUCAAAGGCUUAGUCUAUCUUGACAUGUCCAACACCCCUGGGACUCUUGGAAACCAGGGAGCGCUCAUCCCCGAGGAUCUGCCAUUCCUCCGCAUAUUAAAGCUCAGAAGAAAGAAUUUGAUUGACCUCACGGCUGGUGCAAUCGUGCGCGAAUUCCGUACGCAACUAUUCAGUCUUGACGUAUCCAAGAAUGGUCUGACCGACGACUUUCUCCGAACGCUAUUAGAAUACGGCCUCCCUGUUUACUCGAACACUAAGUUACGGACGAAUGAUCAUUUCAGAGUUGAAGGACAGGUCAGACCCAUCUCUAAUGAUGACCAUCCUCGUCCUAACAGUCGGCUCUUUUUCGUGGACGAGUCUGAGUGGAGUGCAACGUUUUCCUCUCCUGACCGAUAUCUUGCCGAUCCCCCUAUCUACAAUACCAUUAAUGACGACUUCAUCAGUGAGGAAGGUCAAACGGUGCGUGGUCGAUCUAAGGGACGAGAACGCAUCCGAGGCGACUCGGCACAUGACGCCGUCAAGGUGCUGGCCGGUGGUCCAGGGGAAGAGAUACCAGAUGCUUUACACCCACAGCACCAACGAUUUCACUGGCCCCAUCUUCAUGCAGGUACUACGCAUUUGCAUCUCAAUGAGCUUAUGCUAAGUGCCUCUGCCGUGAAGAGUUUUAUUCGCGAGUCUCCUGGUUACAUAGAACACUUCGAAUGCGAUAGAACAUAUCUGCCGCCUCAUCACGCCUCAGCCUGGCAGAGCAAAGCAUCGUACCUCUCCAAAGCCGCCACCUUGUAUGCCCUCCCAGGAGCCGCGUAUCUCUUUCGUCCCGUCAUAUCGUCGAACCUGCGCGUACUCAAGGCUCAUCACUCCUUGGUCACUAACACACCAACGCUCGAGUCUCGCAGUACUGGCGAGUUGACCAAUUUGUGGCUGGCAGAGACGCAUAUGCGCGAGAGACUUGACCUCGCAUACCCGCAGACAUUCGUACCGGACAUGAAUCCGCGCCUUGAUUCACUCACCAUCUCCAUGAUCCCGCGGUACUCGACCGGAAUGGUUACUAAGCGACUACUCAGCUUCUUGCGUCUUGCCGCUCAUCAGGAGCAAGCAAUUGAGAGUACAAGAGCGUUGCUGCCCUUCCGAGGUCCGCCCAUGUUAAAGGGCCUGCGCCAUAUCCGACUAGAGUUUGAACCAGACGCCAAGGACGAGCUCGGUUCCCUCGACAACGAGACCGAUGAGUUGGACUCAGGAGCACUGGUGGAACAGGGCACAGAGGCGUUCUCGUUCUUCAGCGAGAGUGCGUGGGGACCAUCAUCUUCACCAGUUAAGUCCAAGGUGAAGCAGCAGGUGGUCGUGGAGACGACCUCAGCGGCGGAGGCAGAAGACGCAGUCCUCAAAGGCAAGGGACCGUCCAUGAUGGAAGAGAAAAUCGAUGACUACCCCUUCAACAGGGCCAAGGGCGAGCACGUCAGCUUCACCAUCAGCCCGGGUGGUGACAGUAGCCAGCCACUCAAGCUCGUCGUCUCAGUCUGGAUCGGAUCGGGCCUCAUCAGCCCAGACAACCCGCCCGCCAUCAACGAGUACAUGAGGAACGUCUGCGACCCAGCCAAUCGCGAGGGCGCCAGCCCGGCGACGCCCUGCCACGUAGCCGCCGGCGUACCGGCGGGCUCCUUCAUCUUCGAGCGCGCGUGGGACUCGAUCAUGCUGCCGGCCGCCGCCGCGGAGGUCAAGCUGCCCACCAAGGCAGAGCUGCGGGCCAUGGAGGACGUGGUGGCGCGCAUCAAGGCCUUCCGGCUGGAGUCGCGGCGAGAGUACGCCGCGCUCGACGCGGAGCGCCGGAACCUCGGCGGCCACGAGUACUGGCGGGGCAGGCUCGAGAUUGUGCUGCCCCAGGGAAGGGCACAUUCGUCAGACUACUGGAGAUAG